UUGUGUUUAUUUUGGGUGUAUUUUUUUUAACAACAAAAAUUUAAAAUCUAUAAAAAUGCAUGAUUUUCUUGAAGAUAAUAAUGUCUGUGGUCAAAAUCUAUUACGAAUUGUUUCGCAGGGCAAUGCCAUCAUUGCUGAAAUUCAUCAUCUUUCCGAUAUGGUACCGAAUGUGUUUCGAAUGGAAACAAUCAGUUCAAAUAAUCGCCAAAAUAUGAAUAAUAAUAAUUUCAGUGAUCUAAUAAUGGAUUUCAAUUAUUUUAAAUCAUCCGAUUCGAUUGAACGGCGUAUUGAAAAUGAUGAAAAAUUAUUGAUCAAAGAUGAAGAAUUACGUGAAACAUAUAUCGAAUUAUUAGUGAAAUUUUAUCUACUUUUCGAAAGUAUACAUCGAUAUGCAAUCGAUUUGGAACGUUAUCUAACUGAAUUAGAUGAUGGAAUUUACAUACAACAAACGAUUGAAACUGUCCUGAUGGAUCAUGAUGGUAAACAAUUAUUAUGUGAAGCUUUAUAUCUGAUGGGCGUCAUUCUGUUGACAAUGGAUCAUGAAAUCAACGGAAUUGUUCGUGAACGUAUGCUAGUCUCUUAUUAUCGAUAUUCAGCAUCUCGAUCUUGUGAUUCUCGCAUUGAUGAUGUGUGCAAUUUGAUUCGUUCUACCGGUUAUGCACCAAGCACUAAACGACCGAUAAAUUAUCCUGAAGAUUUUUUUAAACGUACUAAAAUUCGUACCAGUUUUGCGCGAUUGAUUAUUGGACGUUUACGUACAGAUGAUGUUUAUAAUUUAUCAUCUGUUUAUCCUAAACCUGAACAUCGUUCAGUUGGCCUAUCCACACAGGCAUCAAUGCUAUUCGUAUGUUUGUAUUUUGUUCCAGAAAUUCUGUCUACUGAAUUUGCAAUAAUGCGUGAAAUAGUGGAUAAAUUUUUCGCCGAUAAUUUUGUCAUCUCUAUCUAUAUGGGAACCAUCGUUAAUCUGAUUGAACAUUGGGAUCCAUAUAAAGCGGCUAAAGCAGCAUUAAACAAUACCGUUGAUGGUAAAAAUAUUCGAACCUGUGCAAAACGAUUCCGUAACGAAAUGGAAGAUUUAAAUGGAAAAAUUCCACAAUUUCUAAAAGAAGGUAUCAUAACCGAAGAAACUAUUCUGAAUAAAAUUAAUGAAUAUAUGAAUACAAGCCGCAAUGCUAAUGUUACAUUACGUUGGAUUAUGUUACAUACAGUACCGAUGCAAGGUGAUUUUAUUGACACCCACCAAUCAAUGAAACGUUGUCGACAGAUUCGUGAACAAAUUAUUACCGAACUUAAAUUCAAUUCAAUAGAUCUGUUUCAUUUAUUAUUGAAUACAUCUGAAUUCGAAUUACGUAUACGAGAUAUUUAUAAACAAAUUCUACAGAAUCGUCACGAUAAAGUGAUUAAAUAUCGUGAAGAAUCCUAUAGCCGUAUCAAAGAAUUGGCCGAAGUGUUUUCCGGACAAAAACCAUUGAGUCGUAUUGAACCGAAUGCAAAUCUUCAGAAUUGGUUUGAAAAUUUUGCCAAAAAAAUCGAUGAUAUUUGUUUGGAGACGGAUAGUGACCGAAAUCAGGCCAAUCAAAUGUCAAGAAAAUUAAUACAGCUAAUUAAAGCAUUGGAAGAAAUUCAAGAACUUGGCCAACUUGAAAGUAAUCUACAGAUCAAACAAUGUUUAUGCGAAACACAUAAUUAUCUUUGUUUGAUGAUCAAAACUAUUGGUAUUCGUGAUGAGAUAUUGGUUACACAACAGAUUAUUGCCGAUCUUUCAUAUGCAUGGCGUAUCAUUGAUGAUUGUUUCACACAAUUCAUGCAAAAAGGAAUUAAAAAAGAUCCAAGUUUAGUUGCUAAACUUCGUGCAGCAUUCUUGAAACUGGCCUCGGCUCUAGAUUUACCAUUAUUGAGGAUUAAUCAGGCAUCAUCACCGGAUCUGAUAAUGGUCUCACAAUUUUAUUCAUCCGAAUUAGUUUCCUAUGUUCGUAAAGUAUUGCAUAUUAUUCCGGAAACAAUGUUUACAUUGAUGGCCAACAUAAUCAAUAUACAGACUAAUACGUUACGAGAACUGCCUACACGUUUAAUGAAAGAUCAAUUGAAAAAUUAUGCACAAUUAGAUGAACGUUAUGAAAUUGCUCGAUUAACGCAUUCAAUAUCGGUUUUUACCGAAGGUGUAUUGGCCAUGAAAACCACAUUGGUCGGUGUCAUACAAAUUGAUCCGAAAAAAUUAUUGGAAGAAGGUAUACGAAGAGAACUUGUACGACAGGUAGCUGCUGCAUUUCAUCAUACAAUAGUAUUUAAUUCAAAAUCGAAAAAUAUUGAAAUUUUAUCAAAACUUGAAGAAUUGAAAAAAAUAAUGGAUGGUUUUCGUCGUACAUUUGAAUAUAUACAGGAUUAUGUUUGUAUAAAUGGAUUGAAAAUGUGGCAAGAAGAAUUAUCACGAAUAAUCAAUUAUAAUGUUGAACAAGAAUGUAAUGCUUUCAUGCGGCAAAAAGUUCUUGAUUAUCAAUCAUUAUAUCAAUCAAAAUCGGUACCGAUACCAAAAUAUCCACCAUUAGAUCAACAAUCAUCGAAUUUUAUUGGCCGUAUUGUAAGAGAAUUAACACGAAUCACUGAUUAUCGAACCACCAUCUAUGUUUAUGGUAUUUCUGCAUGGCAUGAUCAACGAACACGUUCAGAAAUUAUUGAUUCAAAGUUAUUUUCAUUAAUAUUGAAAAAUUUCGGUGUAGCCGGUACCAAUGGCUUGGAUAGAUUGCUUUCAUUUCAAAUUGUUGCCGAAUUGAAUACAAUAUUCACAAUGAUUGAUACGAAUUUUACACGUAGUAAAUCAACAAUCGAAUGUUUUGCAAUAAUCAAUAAUUAUUUGAAUAAUGAAACACCCAAUGGUAUUAUAACUUCUAAAAGUUUUAUUGGUCAUUAUCUACCGAUGAUGAAUCGUUUAUCAAAAAUUCUAUCCAAAUUGGCCGAAUCGAUUGGACAUCUUGGACAGUUACAAAUUAUCCGUCAGAAUCUUGUUUAUGAAUUACGAAUGGCAUCAAAAUUUCAUGCAAGACAAUUGUCAUCAGCAUUAGAAGUCUUGAACAAUGCUUUAAUGACCGAUUUUCAAAAACAAUCCACUAAUAUCAUUAAUGAUGAAUCAUUAGAAGCUACUGAAAAACUUUCAUCAAUUUUCAAAGAUGAAAGUCCACUUUUAUUUGAAUUAUCCAAUUAUCUUGAAUAUAAUGGUCAAUCUGAACCGUUACUUAAGAUUUAUACAAAAAAUCGUUUACCACCAAAUUUCGAGACCAUAUUAUUAUUGUUGCUCAUUUCACAGAUGCCAAAAUUUAUUUAUGUUAAAGAUAUUAAUGCAUUAACAUCAUCAGUAUCUAGUCAGAAGAAUAAUGAAUCAAUCGAUGGUACACCAUUCAUUUUCGGCAUAUUAACCAUACUGCGACAAUUCCAUAAUGAUUUGUCCAUACGUUUCUUUCGUUUUAGUUCACAAUUUGUUAACGCCUGUAUUCAGGCAGCUCAUUCGCCAAAUCAACAAAAACAGGACAUUCCAAUCGAAGCAUUAAACAUGUUACAAUUUCUACAUCAUUGCUGUACGUUUGGUGGUUAUAAACGUAAAUUAAUUACUCAAUAUUUACCGGAUUCAAUAUUUGAUCAAUUUCAUUGCCUUGGAUUGUAUUCAUUUGCAAAAUGAUAACACACAGUGAUUUGUUAUUCAUUCAUUUCAAUUGAUCGACCAUGAAAAUAGACGAUCAAUCAAUUUUUUUUGUUUUUGACAUUCAAUUUUUACAUCCUUCGGAAGCAGCACUCACACUCAUUUCAGCUCAAGGCUUCCGUCAGAUGGGCGGCUAUGUGAUUGUCUUCAAACUCAAAUAAAAAUUUUUUAAAAUAAAAA